GGGGGCAAGAUUCCGAUCCGAUGGACAUCACCAGAAGCCAUUGCGUAUCGGAAGUUCACAUCAGCCAGUGACGCAUGGAGCUAUGGGAUUGUUCUCUGGGAAGUGAUGUCUUAUGGAGAGAGACCAUACUGGGAGAUGUCCAACCAGGAUGUGAUUAAGGCUGUUGAUGAAGGGUACCGCUUGCCACCUCCUAUGGACUGCCCAGCUGCCUUGUAUCAGCUGAUGCUGGACUGUUGGCAGAAAGACAGAAACAACAGACCCAAGUUUGAGCAGAUUGUCAGCAUCCUGGAUAAACUGAUCCGUAAUCCCAGCAGUCUGAAAAUAAUCACCAAUGCAGCGGCAAGGCCAUCAAAUCUUCUCCUGGACCAAAGUAACAUUGACAUUUCAGCCUUCCGCACGACAGGUGAUUGGCUCAAUGGCUUUCGGACAGGACAGUGCAAAGACAUUUUCACGGGCGUGGAGUACAGUACCUGUGAUACAAUAGCCAAGAUUUCUACAGAUGACAUGAAGAAAGUUGGUGUUACGGUCGUGGGACCUCAAAAGAAGAUUGUUAGCAGUAUCAAAGCUCUAGAAACUCAUACAAAGAACAAUCCUGUUCCUGUGUAAGGUACCAAAAUGAUGUUGCUCAGGAGAGGACAAAAAGAGAAAAGUUGCAUCACAGGGCAAAAAUGAUGGCUGAUAAACAGCAGAAUUUAAAGGAGUCCUUUGCAACAGCUUUGGAAACAUAAUGGUUGAAAUUUCAAACCCACUAAGACACUCAAAUAUUGAGUAUAAAUGCCUUAAAAAUAGGAGUGAACUUGUUUUCUAUCUGUUAAUCUUAAAUGGUGGGUGCUCUUGACUGACUGUUAAUGCAGAUAGUAAAUUUCAAAAGGAAAAAAAAAUUGUAAAAAAUCCUUCCAAGUAAAAACCAGUGUUACUAAAACCUAGAGCCAUUUGAAUAUUAAGUGACUGAAUAACAUGAAAAACCCAUGGACAUGAAAGCUGUGUAUUUGAUCUAUACAGCAAACAAGAAGAA